UCUUAUUCAGAAGAACCCAAACAAAUGGGCCCCUCGCCCCCCCAAAAAACAACUUCUGUGGCAGGAACAUUUAAGUACGAACUCUAUGAUCCUAGAAUCCUGAGUUCAUUGAUACUCGAUCGGUUAUCUUCAACCCUGCUAUACAACAUUGGUGAUCGAUCAUCAUGGGUCUUUUGCGUGGCAUCCCGAAAAUCAUCUCCCCGGAUCUGCUCCACGUUCUGGCUUCCAUGGGACAUGGCGAUGAGAUCGUGUUAGCCGAUGCCAACUUCCCUUCAGUAUCAUCGUCGAGUAAGAAGGCCAAGUUCAUCGAUGCCUCGGGUCAUUCCAUUCCGGAGAUGCUGGAAGCGGUCUUGAAAUUGAUGCCCUUGGAUACGUACGUGUUCAAUCCGGUGGCUUUGAUGGACAUGGUAAAUUCCGACAAGAAAAAGGAUAUGAAGAUCAAGAAUUGGGAAGUUUACCAAACCAUUGUGGACAAGGCGGUGGGAGAUCCUGUGGAGUUUUAUAAGAUGGAACGCUUCGAUUUCUACGAACGCGCUCAAGAGGCGUUUGCCAUUGUAGCUACGGGAGAUUGCGCUCCAUAUGGUAACAUCAUUCUCAAGAAAGGGGUCUUGCUGAGCGAUUAAACGAAAACCACCAUGUCGUUGCCCACACUUCUGCACUUGCUUUUCACUGGGGCUUGAGAGACACAUAUUUUAUUGAUUGGCGCGAUGGUGGGCAUAAAAAAUAUAAAGAAAAAGAAAUUGAGCUAGAA